AUGUCUGACUAAUUGACGAUUUAAAAAACAUUUAUAAGCGUUGUAGUUCCGUGUGGAGUUUUCAUUCAUUCAUUGGUUGAUUGAUUGAUUGGAACUUUUUACAAAGUUGUUCAAAAUGAACAUCUCGGAAAAGAUCAACAACAUCAAGAAAACGAUAACAGGGCAGCCAGCUGACGAUGAAAAUCAAAUUGUUCCAGAGAUUGUAGAUGUGACGACGCUUAGCUGGUCGACACGAUUGAAAGGUUUCAUCAUCUGCUUCAGCAUCGGAGUCCUCUGCUCCAUUCUGGGUUCAUGCUUCCUCUUCCUACCAGGAGCUGGACUGACCUUGUUUGCCAUCCUCUACACCUUGGGCAAUGUAACUGCAUUAAUCAGCACGUGUUUCCUCAUGGGUCCAUGCAACCAGCUGAAGAGGAUGUUUGCACCGACCAGACUCAUCGCCACCAUCAUCGUCGUUAUUAGCUUGGCCUUGACGUUAUGUGCGGCGUUGUGGUGGAAGUUGUCAGCGGUAGCAAUAUUGUUCUGCAUCAUCCAGUUCCUGGCCAUGACCUGGUACGGUCUCUCCUACAUUCCGUUCGCCAGAGACGCCGUGAUGAAGUGCUUCGAAUCCUGCAUGUCCUGAAGCUCCCAACGUCAGUCGAUAGUACCACGCCGCCGUCCACCAAUUCACUUCUGCAUUCGUUCACCUCAAUCAAAUCAACCUGUUUCAUUGCGUACAUGCACGUUCUUCGAAUGAUAUUUUUGUAUAGAACUCCAUAUCAAAAAAUUAAUUGUAAAUUCACUUAUGCAUUUUUUCUUUCUUUUUGUCACAUUUUUUCAUUCAUUCAGAGCCGGAGUUUGUGAAAAAGAAUUAAACACUU